AUGAAUGUGCUUGCUUGGAAUGUCCGGGGUCUGACGGACGAAUCUAAGCGCCUCCUUUGGGAGCAUUGUCGUACUUUCUCUCCGAUUAUUGUUGGUAUUAUUGAGCCGAAGUCGAGCUUUAGAAAUACUAAUUCCAGCUUUUGGUCUUCUCUUAAUUUAGUUCCUGCUUUUCAGAAUGAGCGGCAUGACAGGUGUUCGAACAUUUGGAUUUUACAUCACCCUGAUCUGGUUUUCAGAUUGGUGUUUUCUUCAGAGCAGACGGUUAUUGCGGAUUGCCAUUGGAACUCUUUUGAUUUCCGUGUGGCGAUUGUUCACGGUGCCUCUACUCAUGUUGAAAGGAGAUCCUUGUGGGCUGAUCUUAUUGAUUUUAUUGCUGACAAUAUGGUGAUUUUAGGGGAUUUUAAUGCUGUUAAAGGAGCUCACGAGAGGAUUAGCAGCUGUAUGCCUAGUCAGACUUCUUGCAGAGAGUUCUGUGACUUUAUUGAUGACACUGGUUUUAUUGAGUCGUCUACUUCUGGUCUUCGGUUCACGUGGUCAGGACGUCGUUUUAUGCCUCGACAUGUGGAGUCUUUUCUUGAUCGUGCUUUAUACUCUGAGUUGUUCUCCUCUUUGUGGCACUCAGUUCAUACUUUGAACUUGGCUAGGGUAACUUCUGAUCAUUCUCCGAUUAUUUUUCAGUGCAGUUUACCGCCCCAAACCAGACAUAGGUUUUUCAGAUUUUUAAACAUGUGGGCGAUGCAUCCGACUUUUCAUGCUUUAGUGGAUGGUUCUUGGAGCCAAGAAACUGGGGUUCUGUGUCCGAUUUAUAAGGUUAUGUUUAAGCUUAAACGGCUUAAGAAGAAGCUGAAAAAUUGGAAUAAGAACGUUUUUGGCAACGUUGAUGCUUUGGUGGAUGAAACUCAGAGAGAGUUGAUGGAUAUUCAGAUGAGAAUUUCUCUUCAGGGCUAUACGGAUGAGUUGUUUAAAAAGGAGGUUCAAGCUCAGGAUAAAAUUAAUGUUGCUCUGACUCGUAAAAGCUGCUUGCUCCAGCAAAAAAGCCGCGUCUCGUGGCUUAAGGAUGGGGACAUGAAUACUGCCUUUUUUCAUGCUACGCUUCGCUAUAAGCAUAAACCUAGGGUGAUUUCGCAGCUUAUGAUUGAUGGGACCAGAGAAUCAAACCAGGACAGGAUAGGUGAGCAUAUUGUUGAUUACUUCACCACUCUCUUUACUGAGGAUAGUGGCUCUGAUGUUGGUAUUGAGGCGAUUGAGGCUGUUAUUGACCCUGUUAUUUCUGAUGAACAUAAUGCGGUCCUUUCGGCUAUUCCUUCGGACGAGGAGAUUACUGUUGCGGUUUUUAGCAUGGAUAGUGAUAGCUCGCCUGGACCUGAUGGUUUCUCUGGGAAGUUUUUUCAGGUUGGAUGGGAGAUUAUUAAGCAUGAUAUUUGGGCUGCAGUUCAUGCUUUUUUUCUGAAGUCUUACCUUCCGUCGGGAUGCAAUUCCAGCACUCUCAUUCUUAUUCCGAAGAAAGAGAAUGUCAUUUCCGUUUCUGACCUUAGGCCGAUUGUUCUUUCCAAUUUUCUGUUUAAGAUUAUCUCGAAAGUGUUGGCUUCGAGGCUCAGCAGGAUUGCGGAUUUCUAUGUUUCUCAGAAUCAAUUUGGGUUUAUCAGUGGCCGCUCCAUUCACGAUUGCAUUCUGAUGGGAUCUGAAGGUUUUAAUUGUAUGAAGCGUACGGGCAGAGGACAGAAUAUGGCUUGCAAAAUUGACAUCCGCAAAGCUUUUGAUACUCUUCGUUGGGGUUUUCUGAUGAAUGUCCUUAAGGUUAUGGGUUUUGAUGUGAGAUUUAUUGAUUGGAUCGGGAUCAUUCUUACCUCUGCCCGGCUUUCCAUUCUUUAUAAUGGGAAGCUUUACGGGUAUUUUGGUUGUUCGCGUGGGGUGAGGCAGGGGGACCCUCUAUCUCCUAUCCUCUUUGGGAUUGCUGAGGAUGUUCUGAGUGCUCUCUUUCGUAACUGUGUUACUUCUGGUCAUCUUACUCCUAUGACUAUGACUCGGUCACAGUUUUUUCCGACGCACCUCCUUUAUGCUGAUGAUAUUUUGGUUUUCUGUAAGGCCUCUGUUCGGAAUGCGAAGACGAUCAAGAAAAUUCUGGAUUACUAUAGUUGGAUUUCUGGGCAAACUUGUAGCAGUGAGAAGUCUCAUAUUUAUUUCUCUGCUAAAGUUCAUGCUGUGACGAAGCGUUCAAUCCUGAGAGAUUUGAAUUUUGUGAAUGGUGUGACCCCCUUCACUUAUUUGGGGGUUCCGAUCUUUGAUGGGCGUGUCCGUGCUUCAUACUUCAGGCCGAUUCAUGAUCGGAUUCUUGCCAAGUUUUCUAGAUGGCGUGGGCGGCUUCUUUCUAUGGCGGGUCGUCUGUGUCUGGUUAAGUCGGUGAUUCAGAGUUCGAUCACACACUCUAUGAUGGUGUACAAAUGGCCGAGAUCUUUGCUGAAAGAUUUGGAUGAUAAGUGCCGCAAUUUCAUUUGGACGGGUGAUGUUAGAAAGACGCCUUCUUGUUCGGUGAGCUGGAGCCGUGUUUGUGCCAUUAAGGAGGAGGGGGGCUUGAUGGCGUGGAAGAUUAUCUGUGGCAAGGGUUUCGGCUUUUCUAUUUUACAUGACCGAUACUUGGACACUUUCAGCCAAGUGAGAUGUGAUUCGAUCUCUUCGUCUGUUUGGCUUGGUCUCAAGGAUGAGGUGAGUGAUUUGGUGGAGAAUUCCUACAGCUUUAUUGGUGACGGCACGACCACGAAUUUCUGGUGUGAUGACUGGCUGGGUUACAAAAUUUCUGAGAAAUGCAGGGUUCCUCUUUAUGUUCUUGAUUUGCUAGAACAUUCUGUUGCUGAUUAUUUCUAUGAUGGGGUGUGGCAUUUCACCCAAGACUUUAUUAAUGCUUUCCCCGAGAUUGUUGGUGAUAUUUUGGUGCUUCCUAUUGGCGAGGGGUCUGACACUCGUUACUGGAAGCCCUCUCUGCAUGGCACAGUCACUGCUGCUCUUGCUUUUGCUAAUCACUGCCAUCGUUUCCCUCGUGUUUGCUGGGGAUCUUGGAUUUGGAAGCCUUAUAUUCCGGUUAGGCGUUCUUUAGUCUGCUGGCGGGUUCUUCAUGAUCGUCUUCCUACCUACGAUCGCUUGAUUAGAUAUGGUAUGAUCAUGCCCAAUCAUUGUGUCUUUUGUUUCUCCUCGGGAGAAACUAUGGAUCAUGUUUUAUGGUCUUGCGGACGUGUUAGACCGAUUUGGAUUGAGUUCCUGAGUUGGUUUCAGCUAUCUGAGGCUGCUAAUGCUGCUGAUAUGCAUAGCUUCUUGGUUAUGACCUGGGGUUACAAGUUCAGUUCUCAGCUGGACAGUUUUUGGCGAGCUGGCAUCAUCGCUAUUUUAUGGGCGAUUUGGACUCAGAGGAACUCUUGCAUCUUUGAUAACAAAUGUUUUGACCGAAGGCGGAUCACCCAUUUUGUCAAAGUUGCUUUUAAAGAGAUGGAGAAUAACUUUAAUCUUGGUCAUAUGAACAACUCUUGGAAAGAUUAUACUAUUCUCAGAUCGCUUGGCGUUGCUACUCGUGCUGCCCCUCCACCGGAUUUCAUCGAUGUGCAUUGGUGGCCUCCGGUGCCUCCUUGGAUUAAAGUUAACACGGAUGGUUCUGCAAUGGGAGCUCCUGGUAAUAUUGCGGCUGGUGGUGUCUUCCGUGAUAACUUUAAUUGGGUUCGUGGUUGUUUUCAUUAUAAGGGUGGCGUUGGAUUUGCCUUUGAAGCGGAGCUUCUUGCGGUUAUUAAAGCCAUUCUUAUUGCUCAUGAUCGGGGCUGGCUUCAUUUAUGGGUCGAAUCCGAUUCUACGUACAUUGUUCAUCUGCUUGAUGAGCGCUCUACCGCUGUGCCUUGGCGCUUCAUUGCUCUUUGGAAUAAGGUUCUUCGUCUCCUUCCUGAUUUCACUCUUCAGAUUUCUCACAUUUAUCGGGAGGGAAACAAAGUUGCUGAUAUUAUGGCAAACUAUAGUAGAGACGAAGGCUGGUGGCCUUAUGCUAUUGAGGAGAUUAAGGAUGAUGUGCAACUUGAUAUGGCUACUCACAGUCAUACUCUUUUCUGGUGCGCUAGAAACUGGGUCAUAUGGAGUCGAAUUCCGUUGGUUGCGUCGUGGCAUUGUUUUCGCCAGCGACAGGAGUUUUCAGGCAAGAUCUUUGGUUUGGUCUUUGCUUCCACCGUUUCCUUCGUUGAUGAUGGUGGAGCUGCCUUUUGGGGAAUGAGCCAGGUCUGCUUCAGGACGAUGGUUAGGCCGGAGUUCUGGAAGCGGUCCCAUCUCCGCUCUUUUCCUCGUGCUGGUUUCUGUCUUAGACGGGAACAAGAAAUCCGCAGCCGUGGUAUAUUCGAGCAGCUGCAGGCGGAGUGGUACGAGGUCCCCAACCCUCCCACAAAUGAUGCCCAAUUCUACCAUUAA